GUAAAUUGCCAUGAUGAAGAGCACCGACUUGGAGCCACGAUCACGCUAAGAUGCGAAGGAGAAGGGAAGUUGUCGUGGAAAUUCAAUCCGGAAGAGCUGGUCAAGAACACUCGAAUAAGAUAUAGCAAAGGAAAAUUAUUUUCCGGGAAAGGUCUGCUUCUGACUCUCACCAUAGAAAAUGCAACUUACAAUGACACUGGAAAUUACGCGUGUGUUAAGAAUGGCAACGUAAUUAAUUCAACAGAUAUUUACGUCCAUGAGAACAAGACAUGCGGGAAAAUGAUUGUACCACUUCAAAAGAAGACUAUGAAAGUUUAUACUGGUCACAAAUUUGUGAUUCCUUGUCGGCCAACGAGACCGGGCGUCAACCUCAAACUUGAGCGAAAGCUAAUCACUGAUACUCGAAUCGUUUAUGAAUUAAUUCCUGGAGAGGGUUUCUUGAUACUGAAUGCAACGAAUCAUCAUAGCGGGACUUGGGUGUGCAAAUCUGAAUGCCAGAAUGUUGAGGCAGAUGAGCAGAUAACUAUUGAAAUAAUCAAAAAAAUGGAGCCACUACGAUCAGAAGGCAACAUCAAAAUGAUUAUUUCAGAUCAACAUGAGAGCGAAAGUAAAAUGCGAACGAUUUUAGUAGCAACACUGUCAUUGAUCGGGUCUCUCGCUGCUGCGUUCGCUAUCGUUAUUUUUGUUGGGUUUAACUUGAUUAAGAAAGAAAGGAGAGCUCGGAGUUUAAAAGCCCAAAAUAUGAGCCUACUUUUUAUAGGAGCGGCUGAAAACAUUGAUGUCAACGUUGCUCUCGACCAGCAAGCCGACCUCCUGCCCUACAACCCUAACUACGAGUUUCCACGGGAACGUCUCAAGCUAGGUCGGCCACUGGGCUGCGGUGCAUUUGGUAGAGUGGUGCGUGCCGAAGCGAGUGCCCCUCUUUAUUGUGCAAUCGACGACUCGAGAAGGCAGAAAACUAAAGAGACCACCACAGUUGCCGUGAAAAUGGUUAAGCAGGGCGCCGAACUGAGCCAAGUCAAGGCAUUAAUAUCCGAGCUCAAGAUUUUGAUGCACAUCGGCAAGCAUUUAAACGUGGUCAACCUGCUUGGAGCGUGCACCACCAAUUUGAGCAACGAGGAACUGUUGGUGAUUGUGGAGUACUGCCGCUACGGAAACCUGCGUUCGCACUUGUUAAAGCAAAGGGAAAUUUUCGUGGACCAGGUCGACCACCUGAAGGACACGCUCGACUUCACGAUCGGAGUCAAAGAUUACCACCAAUUAGAAUACAAUGCCAAGGAGAUUACCACGAGAGACUUGGUGUGCUGGAGCUACCAAGUGGCUCGCGGCAUGCAGUAUCUUGCCUCGCGGAGAAUCGUCCAUGCUGAUUUGGCGGCGAGAAACAUUUUGCUCGCGGAACACAACGUAGUCAAAAUCUGCGACUUUGGGCUUGCGAGAAAUUUGUACAGCUAUGCAAAUUACUUGAAGAAAAGCGACGAACCCCUUCCAAUCAAAUGGAUGGCGAUUGAGUCGAUUCGGGACCGAAUAUUUUCAACUGAGACAGAUGUGUGGUCAUUUGGUGUGGUCAUGUGGGAAUUUUUCACUCUGGCUAUGACGCCAUACCCUGGAAUUCCAAAGGACGAAUUCUUCAUGCAGCGAUUGAUUAAGGGCCAUCGAUUGGAAAAACCGCAAUAUGCGACUUCAGAAAUAUACAACAUUAUGAAAAAAUGUUGGGAUAAAAACUCAUCUCGCAGGCCAAAUUUUAGUGAGCUUGAAAAUGAUAUUGAUAAAAUCCUGGAAGACAAUGUUAAACAGUUUUAUCUUGAUCUAAACAACCCGUAUAUUAAAUUGAAUUCGAUCCAGAAAGAAUAUGAGAAUCUAAUGCGCACGGUAUUGACCCAAGAAUCUCAGGCUACGGCAUCAAACUUGACAGAAUCAGGUGAUGGGCACAAAUCGCUUUACUUCUCACAAGAUGAAGUGAAGAAAAUGUUACAUCUGGAGAAAGCUAGGGACGGUGUCUUAUUUGAAGUUGAAAUGCAUUCUUCCAAAAAUGACCGGCCAUUGGCGUUGGCACUCGCGUCGCAGGAAUCGAGAACGAGUGUAUCUGAUUUGUAAUUAGUUAUAAAUUUACAACUUGUAACAACCCUUUGAUAUGCCUCCUGGGUAGGGUAUUAUCACGUCAUUUACAUUAAAUGCGCUGCUCAAUUUUUUUUCUCGUUUUUGACUAACAAUAAGUGAGUAGAAAUAAACCCUUUCCAAGUUAUCAGUGUUGCAAUCUCGCGGGUUGACCACUAACAAAGAGAAAUGUUUUCAUUCCCUAUUUAGCAAUAAAUAUAUUUUAUGGAGGCGACAGAUGUACACUUAAAUGUAUCUUUUAAUAAACAGACUUAAUAUCUA